AUGCGAUUCUUCUCUACUCUCUUCACUACCCUUCCUUGCGUCGCUCUCUGCACCCUCGCUCUCAGUGUAGAUGCUAAUUCAAAGACGCCGCGUCCGAAGGUCUGCGACCCCUAUGCAAAAGGCCCCCGGCUUGCAGAACUUCAAGAAGAGGCCAUCCAAGAGUUUGCCCACCUCUGGCUGGUCAAAAAGGACAUCCAAACGGCAUGGGACAGAUGGAUCCCUGGGAAAUAUAUCCAGCAUCACCCCAAUGCGGUUGGCGACCGAGAAUGGGCCAUCGAGUUCCUGAAACAGAACUUCGCAGCACCAGGCACUUCGACGAGCAACAUCACGGUCUUUUCGGGCAAGGGAUUCGGGGUUCUUCACUACAAGUGGACCUCCCCCAACAUCACCUAUGCAAUCUCAGAUCGGUUCAGAUUUGAAGGGACCUGCAUGGUUGAGCACUGGGAUGUAAUCCAAACCAUUACCGGGAAUGAACCCAAUCCUUUGGCUUUCUUCUAA